UCAUACUCUUCAAUCGCUACCAUUUUGCCCCUCACGUUCGUUCAGUCAUUCUUUGCUUCCUCCUUUUAUAUAUCACGAGAUCCCCAUCUCUUCUUCUCUUUCCCCCAUCUCAUGCCUUCUUCUUCUAAUCCUCCUCCUCCUCUUCAAUGCCUGCCUUUUUCACUUCCUGUUAGUUCCAUUCACAUACAUUGCUAUUUCUAAUAAUCCCACCUCACAAUUUCACUGCCCAUCUCCCCAUUUUGUUUUCUUCGCUAAUUUGAUUCUUUUUUACAAUUAGGAUGUCGCAUUCCGGGAAAAACAUCACCCCUGGCUUAGGGUUUGGUAAUCUUUCCAUUCAUGACUCCAGUUGCGAAAUGAACAAGCCCGAUUUCCGAGAACUCGAUCUCGGUUCACCUGUCUCGCCUCUUCGGACUCGAACCACUGGACUCUCCACUACCACAACAACCACCAGCUCCAGUUCUAGCUCUUCCGGAUCCGUCUCCGGCCAAAACAGGUCCAACCCAGUUGCCAAGAGGCCUGAAUCUAGUCCGAACAGCCACUCCGGUGAACUCUCCGGUUCAUGUGAAACGAGCCCAACCGCUGCUAACCGUAAUUUGAAGGCGUGUCAUAGUAGAUCCGAUUCCGGAUCCGCGCACCCGUUAAUCUACUCGGGUCAGCACCAGAGCCAGAGUUCUGUCAACUCACCGCCCAUCAAUGUACUUCCCAGUGGCAACAUCUGUCCAUUGGGAAAAACAUUGAAAACGGGAAUGGGUCUAACGGCAAACCGGAACACUAGAACUGACACGCUUCGAUCUGGCUCGGGUCAUUAUGGACACGGGAGCAUAAUGCGUGGCGGGAGUAACAACGUUUCAACUGUUUCGUCUUGUAGAAGCGGAGGAGGUGUGGUGAUGGGCCCGGAAAAUGCGGCCGGUGGUAAGAUUCAUAGAGGCGGAGCUUGCGGAGGAGAUGCCGAGGAGCUAAAGAGAACAGGAAAUGAUUUGUAUAGGAAGGGAUGUUUUGCUGAUGCUUUGACUAUGUAUGAUAGGGCGAUAGCUUUAGCGCCGGGAAACGCAGCGUAUCAUAGUAAUAGGGCGGCAGCGCUUACAGGGUUGAGGAGGUUUUGGGAGGCUGUAAAGGAAUGCGAGGAGGCUGUGAGAUUGGAUCCUAAUUAUUGGAGGGCUCAUCAGCGUUUGGCAUCUUUGCUUAUAAGGUUAGGACAGGUUGAGAAGGCCAGGAGCCAUCUUUAUUUGCCUGGGCUGCGGCCUGAUCAAAAUGAGUUGCACAAGUUGCAGGCAGUAGAGAAGCAUCUUAGCAAAUGCACAGAUGCUCGAAGAGUUUGUGAUUGGAAGAUUGUGCUAAGGGAAGGUGAAGCAGCCAUUGCUGCCGGAGCUGACUUUUCUCCUCAGCUCCUUAUGUCUAGAGCAGAAGCCCUCUUGAAACUCCACCAACUUGAAGAUGCUGAAUCAAGCUUAUCAAGCAUUCCCAAGUUGGAGCCACCUACUGUCUCUUGCUCACAGACUCAGAUUUUUGGAAUGCUCUCUGAAGCAUAUACCUUUUUUGUCCAGGCUCAGAUUGAAAUGGCAUUUGGAAGGUUUGAGAAUGCAGUUACAGCUGCUGAGAAAGCUGGGAAAAUUGAUCCCCGGAAUGUUGAAGUUGCGGUACUGCUUAACAAUGUCAAGCUUGUGGCAAGAGCUCGUACCCGUGGCAACGAUCUCUUUAAAUCUGAAAGGUUCACUGAAGCCUGUGCAGCUUAUGAUGAAGGCCUCAAGUUAGAUCCAUCAAACUCUGUUCUCUAUUGCAACAGAGCAGCUUGUUGGUUCAUGCUGGGGCUUUGGGACCGAUCUGUUGAAGACUGCAACCAAGCAUUGCUUAUUCAACCCAAUUAUACAAAAGCCCUUCUUCGGAGAGCUGCCUCAAACAACAAGUUAGAAAGGUGGGCUGAUGCCGUCAGAGAUUAUGAGGUCUUGAGAAGGGAACUUCCAGAUGACAACAAAGUUGCUGAGUCCCUAUUUCAUGCGCAAGUUGCACUGAAGAAAUCUCGCGGUGAAGAAGUUUACAAUAUGAAAUUUGGUGGUGAAGUAGAGGAAGUUUCAGGUCUAGAGCAGUUCAGAGCUGCAGUAUCUUCACCUGGCGUAUCUAUAGUCCAUUUUAAAUCAGCAUCUAACUCACAAUGCGAACAAAUAUCUCCAUUUAUGGAUACAUUAUGCAGCCGCUAUCCUUCGAUAAAUUUUCUUAAGGUGGAUAUUGAUGAGAGUCCAGCAGUUGCAAAUGCUGAGAAUGUGAGGAUAGUACCAACAUUCAAGAUAUACAAAAAUUGUAGCCGGGUGAAGGAAAUUGUCUGCCCAAGUCGUGAGAUGUUGGAACACUCGGUGAGGCAUUACAGCUUUUAGAACUCAAGAUAAUAUUGUACUUAUGUCAUUUUUAGAUUUCUUCUUGCUGCCCAAACUCCUGAUUCGAUGGGAAUACACUGCCACUGCCGUCCCAUUCCGUCCUCCCAUCAUAAAACUAUUAAGUCAAUUACUAGAUAGCUGUGACAUAAAUCAGAACCACAUAAUAAUUUCAUCAGCCAAUGGAACCCAGAGAGGUAGCGUAGCCCCUUUUGCGGUUUUAUUUAUUCAUUCAUUUCUCAUUGUCCUGUGGUUCCAUUUUCUUCCUGCCCAUCUCCUUUUUGUCAUUUUCCCUUUCUUUUUGGAACUCCUUUUCCAUUUUCUUUGUAGGCCAGGCUGGUUCUUGUAUCCCCACCUCCGUUAAAAAAGAAAAUUCAGAGGUAUGUACAAUUUGAUAAAAUCCGGUCCUUUAACCACAAUUAGAGAGAGAGAACUAGCAGGCUCUUAGAUGAGAGGAUCUGUACAUGUAUAUAUGUGAUGAUAUAUACAACACUUUGGGAGCCCUGGGGGAGAUUGGAUGUCUGGUGUGUACUUAAUUUACUGGGUUAGUGAUAAGAAAGGAUGAAGAAUGUGUUGUUAUCAAUAUUGUUGUUUGUUCCCCCAAUCAUUUCAUCAAUAAAGGAAAGGAGCCCAUUUUUUUUCCUAA